UUAAACGAUAGAUAGAUAGAUCGAAAAAUGUUUACAAGAGAUAAGUGUUUUAUCUCUACCCAGAGAUAGUUCUUCUGAACUUUUGCUUGCACGAUCAGACGCAGAGUAAUGCAGGACGGAGCUAGCUAUAUAUAUCAGAACUCCGUUCCAACAUCUGGAAGCUAACCAAACCCAGAACUUGGAGCUAAACCAAACACGAAACUCGCAGAGAUACAAGAAGUAACUCCCUUUAUUGUGUAGACAAGGUUCUGAAACAAAAUAUAUCUCCUGAGAUAUUAUAGAAACCCAAUCCUACCCUGGAGAUGGAGAAGUAAACCCUGGACCGAAGAAGAACCCGUCCUGUACAAUCAUCUUCAAAACAUCUGCAUACAGAUCAGACUAAGUUACAGGUUGAUAUAUCCUCCAACUCCCAACUCCUUGAUAAAAUGGAUACCAAGGAAAGCAGUGAUACCAAGGAAAGCAUGGAUAUCAAGGAAAAUUAUAAAAAAAGAAAUUUUCUGACAAGAAUCUCUCUGUCUAUAACACACUUCCUUGAAUCCGUAUUUUACAGAUGGGGACUACUGGUGUCUAACCGACCUAAAACCACUCUGCUAAUCUCCGUCCUACUCUGUGUUGUAUUAUGUUGUGGAAACCUAGUGAUGAAUGUGGAGACGGACGAUGAAAUACUCUGGACUCCUGUAGGAUCUCCAUUUAUCGAGCAGAAGAAAUGGAUUGCUAAAAAUUUCCCCAAAGAUCGACGAUACGAGUCUCUAAUCUUCGAAUCAGAAAACAUACUUACGGCUCAAAAUAUAAAAUAUUUAUGGAGCUUGGAUAAGGUUCUAGAGAAUCUGGUUUCUAAAGAGAAUGAUUCUUACUCCGAUCUAUGUUUCAGGUUUCCAAGUGCAGAUCUUAGAAAUCCUAGGAUGGGAGAUUGUGUUAAAGUUGGACUUCUGUAUAUAGAACCCUUCUCCUCCCUAUCCGAGGAAGCUGUUUGUAACCUCACGGAUGCAGAUAUUCUUAAUUACAUGGAUCUCAUCAUAAAAUCACCAAACGGUUUAGAAUCUUUAUCUGAACUUGUUUCUGGACUAAGAAUGAGUAACGGUAAGGUUGAAGGAGCUUCAGCUCUACUCCAUGUUUGGAUGCUCCGAAACCAGGACCCGGAGAAGGCCAAGCUUUGGGAGAAUGAAUUUAUAGAUUUGAUUGUUCAGAACUCGGAUAAUAAACCAUCCGGGCUAAACCUCUUUGUCCUCGCAGAACGGAGUUAUGAUGAUGAGCUGGAUUAUGUUGUGAACUCCAAUAUUGCAGUAUUGAUGGCUGGGUUUUCUCUUCUGUUUGUUUAUGUUGCUCUAGUAUUAGGAAACCUAAACUUGGUUGAGCAAAGGGUUUUACUGGCUUUGUCAGGAAUUCUCGUCAUAGGAAUGGCAACAGGUUCAGCAUUCGGAUUUUGUAGUUAUAUUGGUUUAUCCUUCAACGACAUGACUCCGAUAAUUCCUUUUCUUCUGCUGGGUAUUGGAGUUGACGAUAUGUUUGUAAUCGUUCAAUGUUUGGAUAUCCUUGGACCUGAAGGUACUCCUGUAGAACGGGUUGCAGAGGCGAUGAAACACGCCGGACUGGCGAUUACCGUCACAUCUUUUACAGAUCUAGCAGCGUUUGUUAUAGGGGCGAGUACGAGCAUGCCUAUUCUGCGAAGUUUCUGUCUGUUCUCCGGUGCUGGAGUAUUCUUCCUCUACAUAUAUGCAAUCUCUUUCUUCGUGGGUUGUCUUCUACUGGAUGAAAGAAGACGAAGUAAAACCUUGGAGAAGAAAGAGAAAUAUAACCCUCCCUCCUGGACUAGAAUACAGUACGGAGCUGAGGUAUUUUCCUUCAUCACGAAGUAUAUUUUUCAUCCUGCAGUCUCCAUCUUUAUCAUUCUUCUCUCAGUGUUAUUCUCUGCAGGAGGUGUUUAUGGUUUGCUCACGGUCGAAUCAGAUUAUGACUCUAUCUGGUAUAUGAGACAAGACUCUUAUCAGGCACAAUAUUACAAAGUCUUAGCUUCUAGCUUCAGAGGACAGGGAGAAAGGGUAGAAAUCUAUUUAGGUUCUCUAGAUUAUGUAUCGGAGAUGGAUGAACUGUUAAAGAUCCCAACCCUGCUCCAGGAGAACCAGUUCAUACGGCAGGGUUCAGUCCAGCUCUGGUAUCAGGAGUUCAUGCAAACUGUUGGAAAUGAUACAACGGAUUUUGAGAAGAAACUUGGAAUGUUUUUGGCUCAGAAUAUCCAGUAUCUGGCAGAUAUAAAACUUAACAUUAGUGUAGAGGAUCCUAACUUUACAGAGAACCUGAUCCAGGGUUCAUUCUCCAUACAGGUGGAUUUUAUACAGUACGGAGCUGAUGAGGUUGAGAGACUUCUUCGUGAGUAUAAACAGAACCAGGAGCUCCUGAGAAGAGUUGGGAGUAGAUAUUAUCAAGUAGUUUAUCCAAUCCAGGUUCGACAUAGAGAAAAGAUGGGUAUUUCAACACGGGAGAUAGAUAGUGGUAUUCAACAAAAGGGUUCAUAUGGAAGAGGGAUGAAUGAUCCUGGUACAGGAGAGGAACCAAGAUAUGGUCCCAGGCAUCAGAAGCACUAUAGACAAACUUCUCUUCUCAUCAAAGCAUUCCAGCACAAGUUUAGAUUAGACCUAGAGUUAAACACGCGACUUAUUGCUCCAAACGUUCAAAAGAAGGUGUUUUUGACAGGCGGAGCAACCGCAACCUCAACCUCAGCUUCUCAGGAUGUGGAGCACUGUUACUACCAUGGAGUUGUGAAGGAUUGGCAAGGAGGAGAGUUUAUUCCAGGAUCUAUGGCAGCUCUCCAAACCUGUAACGGUGUCUCAGGAAUUAUUCAUCUUGGAAACGAAACCUUCGUGAUCCAUCCUUUCUACGGAGGCGAUCUCUCGAGCAAACACCCGCAUAUAGUUUACCACUCAGACCAGAAACCAAGGCAGCUCUGUGGGGUCUCGGAGUCCCAGUUUAGGGUCUACGAUAACAGGAUGAGAAGGGAGAUUGGAGGGACCGGAAACCGAACCGAGCGUGAUGUAAGAUACGUCAAUCAGUUUAUAGAAACUGCUCUAGUACUAGACAAAGCAAUGUUUGACAACCGCCCUGGUCUCUCCAGAAGAGAUGUUAUCCAUGAAGCUAUUCAAGUUUCGAAUAUUGCAGAUCUGUAUUUCAAGAGCUCCUUGAAGACCAGGUUAUCCAUUGUGUACGUGGAGACGUGGGAGGUUGAGGACCAAGCUCCAGGGAUAUCCAAGCAGAUCAAUAUAAACAAGGCAAUGGAGGAUUUUAGCUCUUAUGUAAACCGUCAACUGCAGUAUAUAGAACGAGAUACAACCAUGCUCUUCACGGGUCGGAUCUACAAUACUGGAGAAACUACGACUGCAAGUGUAGGACGGAUCUGUACUACAAGAUCAGUUGGAAUUAGCGUAGAUGUAAAUCCGUUCGAACCUCACAUCCUGGCCAGCAACUUCGCGCAUGCUGUAGGACAUAACCUUGGCUUCGGACAUGAUGACCGGCCUUCAGCUGCUGCAAUAGAUCCAUGUAGUUGUUCCGACUGGCACGGUUGCAUCAUGAGAUCAACAGUUAGUGGAGAGGACGGAAUCCAACCCUACAAGUUCUCAGGGUGCAGUGUUGACCAGUUUCAAAAGUGGAUGGAUCAGGGGUCUGCACUCUGUUUGCUCAACCGGCCUAGUGAGAUUACCACUGGACAGUGUGGGAAUGGUAUCCUAGAUGAUGGAGAGGAUUGUGAUUGUGGAUCUGAUACAACAUGUGAAAGUAAUCCUUGUUGUAGCAGUUAUACCUGCAGGUUGAGAAUAGAUGCUGAGUGCUCCUCAGGUCCUUGUUGUGAUAACUGUAAGUGCGUGUUUCUCAUCCUGCAAUCCUCUCUAUUGAGAACAAAUAUACUGUUUAGUGGGGAGUGUCCGACUAUGGAGGAUCAGUGCACCUUGUUGUGGGGGCACAAUGCUAUCCCUAGCCCCCAGGAAUGCUUUAAUACCUACAACGUGAAGGGGAAUCAGCAGGGGAACUGCGGGCAGAACAAGUUUAAAUACUCAAGGAAUGAGGAGGCAGAGACAGAGUACAGAAAAUGUAGUUUAAGUGAUGUGAACUGCGGCACAAUUCACUGUAUGAAAGGACAAGGGAAACCAAUAAUAGAAGGAGAUGUAACUCAUAUCAACUCACAGAGUUACGUAAACAAACAACAGCUGGAGUGCAAAGUGAUGUCUGGAAGCCUAGGUCCGGGUUUCCAGGAUAUGGGAUUGGUCCAGGACGGAGCUAAGUGUGGAGAGGAGAAGAUCUGCAUGAAUAGAACCUGUAUAUCUCUGGGUCUAUUCAAAGAUUUUGGUAACUGUCCUAAGAGCAGUGUUGGGAACGGAUCAGUCAUGGAAUGCGGGGGAAAGGGGGUGUGCUCCAAUAUGGCAACCUGUAUCUGUUUUGCUGGUUGGACAGGGAAGGAUUGCUCCGAGAAAGCUGAAAGCUGGCAUACAACCCUGAUUCCACCUUACAAGGAUCCUAGAGACGCUUUUACAUUUCCACCAGGAGAGGAUCCGGGACCCACUAAAUCUCACACUCAUGUCUCGAACUCCGCUCAACCUGGGAGACAGACCCAUCUAGUGGACACUGCUGAGUCUAACACUGUGUUCUUGGUGGUGGUUUUGAUACUUGGAGUAGCUCUUAUAUUCAUAUGCUUCGCGCUGGUCGCAGUUUGCUAUAGGACUAAUAGAAAAGAUUCACUAAAAGAGAGCGACAGCGACACUAUCAUGAUGGUGAUAGUUCUGGUGGUUGGUGUAGGAGGGAUCUUUAUUCUCUUCGCUAUACUUGCACUCUGCUACAGGAGAAAGUCUGCCCUGCCUAAGUAUGAUCCACCGUACCUGAAACGUCCUAUCAUCCCUGGGAAGGGAUACAGUCAUCCUAACUCCCCUCACCCGUCUCAGCAUAUACCCCCCCUGGAGCAGACAAACCUGGAUGAAAAUAAGAAAAUGAUGAGCUUUACUCCAACCCCAACCUACAGAUCAGUCGAAUGUUUGGCCUGUGUUAAAGAAAGGGAGCAUGGUAUGAAGAGGAUGGGGAAUCAUGGUGGGUUGGGAUCAAACCAACAGCUUCCAGUAUCCGUAGGAUCAAACCAAAUCCUAGGCUCAGGACAAAACCUCAUGUCUGACUCUUCAUAUCAAUCAGAGAAAGGAAUUCUGAAGAAACCUGGUCCAUACUGCUCCAUGGAUAAAGAUAGAUGGGAGGAUAGAAUGAGCACAUCAUCACAGAAUAAUCUCAUAAAUCUACCUGGACAUUCAUCCUUGGAUAGGCAGGAGCUAUCCAAUCAUCCAUCACUAUCCCGACAGGAGCUCGCAACUCACGUAUCCUCCCUCUCCCGAUCAGACCUUGCCGGACACUCCUCCAUGUCUAGACAAGAUCUGACAGGUCAUUCAACAUUAUCGAGAUCCCGCCAAGACCUUGUGGGUCACUCCAGUCUUUCCCGCCAAGAUCUAGCAGGUCAUUCCAGUUUAUCCCGCCAAGAUUUGGCCGGUCACGCCAGUCUCUCUCGCCAGGAAAUGGCAAGCCACGCUUCCUUGGAUCGGCAAGAUUCUCGCCGUGACAUGUCUGAGGUUGAAAGAACCUUAAAAUCUCUGAACGGAUAUCACGAAGAUAUUCUUGAGGCGCUGCGAGACGCGGCAUCCUCGCGAGCUGGAGGAAGCCGACCUUACGGAACCAGUUUGGACGAAACCCCGGUGCUAACAGAAGAAUUGAAGAGACAUCUCUCUGAAUCUAGAUCAGAUGGAGGGUAUAGAGGAGGACAGGAGAGGAAGCAUGAACCUGCCCCACCACCUGAGCAGGAUGAGAUGGGACCAAUCCGGAUACGAAAUCUAGAAGAUCUUAUUAGGCAAUUAGAACAAAGUUCCAACCGGCAUUUUAGCCCCGUUGGUUCGGAAGAUACGAGAAUAUCUGAGGCUGACAACGAUAGACAUUUCAGCGGAGUGAAUCACGCGCAGGGUCAAGGGGAUCCUCAAUACGGGGCACCUCAACCCGGCCGCUACCAUCCCCUCACUUCCAGUAGUGGGGCGGGGGGCAGGAGCCCCGCCCUCUCACUAGUCUCAGGCAGCGGGGGGCGUGGCAGCAGGCGAGGUAGUAGGAGAUCUCCACUCAAUUCUCCUGGUACCCCUCUGUAUCAAGACAACCUGGGUUUGAGUGAACCUGGAGUAAAACCAACUCAGGAUAAUAGUGACAGUGAAGACUAUCUGCGCAAUAAACUUCUUCGCUCGGCCUCUGAAGACGGAUUGAAUAUUCCCAGCACUCCAGAGUUCUCAUUCGAUGGAAACCUGGAGAGUUCGGGUAACCAAUACCGGAGACAGACAAGUAGGAUGGUUUCUCCGACCAGUCCUGUCAGUGAGUCAGGAUCAUCCUACCAUGGUUCCGCCAGAUCGGAGCAAGAUUCUUACACAACCCAUAGUGAGCGCAGUUUUAGUAGGGACAAAGAGCAAAGAAAGUACUUUUCUAGCGGACAGAACAAUCCUGACGUUGAAGAAUUGAUACGAGCUGGUUACUUCAUGCCUGAAUAUAAGCAUUGAAUGCGCAUCUGAACGUCAUAAUGCCGCGGUGAUGAAAUUCUCCUUCAUCGUCUUUUUUUAUGAAUAUUUAGGUACACACAAACAGUCUGAGAUUAAUGGGACGAUCUCAUAAUAGAACUGAUACUCAAGAGUGCUAAACAAAUUUAUCCAUUCAGAUUCUACAAAGAGUGACUGUAGACUUGAAUUUUUGAUAACUUGCUCAUUUUUAAUCUCAAAUUAAGUUAGGCAAAUAUUGUGCUAUAAAGAAGCACAUAGCGCACUGAUCUCAUAUACACUGUACAAAUUUUUUUUUGUAAUUUAACGUGUCUGUUUUAAUACAAUAUGAACUAAAUCCAAUAAUUUCAUAGCUGUGCAGUGUGCAUCUGGAUUGCGCACUUUUAUUAAAUGUCCCUUCCCUUAUCAAAUAAAAUUUCUGCUGUUAAAAAAAUGUAAGAAGAGGCACAAAUUUCAAGUCUCAAACUACUUUAAAAGCACAUAAAGUGCCGCACAUUACCAUUCUGUAAUGAAAAUGGAAUUGAACAAAAUUUUUAAUGAAUUAAUAAUUCUAUUAAGGUUUAAACUUUAAUUUUAAGUUUAACUAAAGUUCUUAACCGUCUGUACUUACUUUUUUUCGUCGCAUUGUGUUAUGUCUAAACUUACGAAAGUUGCAAAGUUGUUUACUGCAAAGUGUACUGCAUGAUGAGUGUUCUUUAUGUAGUAUUUCUAUGAUGAUUGAUGUACACAGCAUCUCCCAGUGUGCUAAAUGUUGUGAACAAGUACAGUACAUAGAAAUUAAUUAAAUCUUUAAUAGCUGUCAGUACAGCAAAUAUGAUCUUUGUGAAAUUAUUCACCAUUAGAUUUAUUUGUCAAGUUUUUAACUAGCUAUGGACUCUUUAGAACACAUGCACAAUGAGUUCUAACCAACGCGUUGUACUUAAUGAUGUACUCAUAAACACACAGUACACACAAUACAGUUAAAUUCUGUCAUCAUUCGGAAUGAAUGUCAGUUCUGUUUAAAAUAAAGAUCUCCUAGUUAAUAUUUAAAAAUUGUCUUUUGGAAAUUUAAAAGACGACAUUUUAUUUGGAACUGAUUUGUUUUGACUGUACAAACCUUAAACUGCAAACUUAAUGAUGAUACCACAGUAUAUGUUUAAUCAAUAUCUGAAAUGUGAAAAGCCAAUUAUUUAUUUGAAAUCUAUGAAGUUAUUGUUGUAUGUUUUGUUUUUAUUUAUAAAUAGAAUGCUUGCGCGCUAUAAAAUCUCACAAAUCUCGUUAUUGUUCUUUUUUCUGAUUCGUUUUUAAUAAUGGAAUAUUUUUAUUCUUUUACUCUUGGUAAAUCACCUUGAUUUGAUCCUUCUCCCCCAAUAAAAUUGAAGUUUCAAUCCUUUUUUCAAGAUUUAGUUCUAAUAUUUUUUUUCAAUUUCAAGCAUAAAUUGGAACAGGAAACUAGCAACCAAUUCCAAUUUUCUUAACCCUUUAUCUUUGAUACCUUAUGUCGUAGACCUUUUGUUAGAUAAAUAUCGAAGGUUCACAUCACCAAGUUGCAAAGAUUAAGGGAUUUCAAAAUCAGAGUUUGUUGAGUCCUUUUCAAUAACAAUCCCCAAAAUUUGAUUAUUUGGAAGACUGUCCAAACUUUUAGAUUUUUGUGUUGAAAGAAAGCCCAAAAUUAUGAAUCUUAUUUCAUUUGGAAAUGUGUGAUGAAAAUUAUAAUUAUGAAAUUCUAUUGUUUCUAAUCAAAUAAUGUUUGUUGAAUUUAGAUGAAUGUCAUAGAUUUUAAUACAAGUAAAAGACGCA